AUGAGAAGCACACAUGCCAUUAGGCCGUUGGUCGAAGCAGAUCCCUCGAUAAAGGUGAAGUCCGUUAUUGCAGAAAUUCAAGGUAGGUUCAACUACACUGUGAGUUACCGUAAGGCUUGGUUGGCAAAGCAGAAAGCUGUUGCAAAAGUUUUUGGUGAUUGGGAAGUUUCUUACCAGACUCUGCCAGUGUGGUUGAAAGCAAUGACAGUGAAGAUGCCAAGGUCUCGUGUUCAAAUUAAAACGCUCCCCGUUUACCGUGAGAGUGAGGAGGUUCAAGGUGUAAGAGUUCUGCACCGCAUUUUUUGGAGCUUCUAUCUGUGUAUUGUAGCAUUCAGACACUGCAAGCCACUGGUGCAGGAUGGGAAUCAAAACACUGUGCCUAUUGCAUUUGCGAUUGUCGAGGGCGAGACAGCAGACGCGUGGGAGUUUUUCCUAACCAAUUUGCGGAGAUAUGUUGUUACCAUUGAUGGUGUGGGUAUUAUUUCUGACCGCCAUACCUCCAUCGACGCUGCAAUAGCUCGCAGUAACGGUGCAUGGUCACCACCAAGGGCGUGGCACAUGUACUGCAUCAGGCACAUCGGGACCAACUUCUUAAGGAGGUUCAAGGCUUCAUAUUUGCAUAAACUCGUGGUCAACACAGGAGUACAACAAAAAUACCAAAGGCUUAAAGAGCGGGAUGAGGCAUAUACUCAAUGGUGCGAUGAGAUCGGUGUUGAGAGAUGGGUGUUGGCAUUCGAUGGUGGUCAUCGUUGGGGACAUAUGACAACAAACUUGGUAGAGUGUAUAAAUUCUAUCCUGAAGGGUGCACGUAACCUUCCUGUGACUGCCCUUGUCCGGUCAACUUUCUAUCAGCUGAAUGAGUUGUUCACUCGGAAGAGUACUGAGGCUCAUGACCGUCUCCGCAACGGAUUCAUGUAUUCAGAAUUUGCAACGAAGAGAGUUGAAGAAAGCUUUCGACGUGCAAGAAACAUUGUGGUCAACCGGUUCGACAGGCGCAACGAGAUGUUUGAGGUCCGCGAAAUGCAAGAUGGUACCAUUUACACUGUUAAUCUUGCGCAACGACACUGCGACUGUGGCCACUUCCAGGUUGAGCGACUUCCAUGUCGCCACGUGCUUGUAUGUUGCGCCAACCAGCGUCUUGAUUGGCAAGUGUACGUGCACGAUGUGUACAAGAUGUCUCAAAUUUGCAAGGUGUACAGAGGCGAGUUUGUUCCGAUGGGUGACCCAUCUACGUGGGAUAGAUAUGAAGGAGCGAAGGUAAUUGCCAACUAG